GUAAACGUAGCAAAAAUACAACGCAGACGGAUACGACGUUACAGCCGCGCAACGAAAGUCGGCGUCAGUAUGCAGCCCGCGGCACGCUCCAACAAGAUGUCCCGCUACAAGAUCACCGAGGACCUCGAGACCACGCCCACGGCGGACUUCCACCUGGCGAGGAACGUCAAAAAGGACGAGAUCGUCCUAAUGAAAAUACUGAAGAAGAAUUACUACACGCUGGAAGAGUGUAAGGGCAACAAAGAAGUGCAGGUUUGCUUAAAAUUGAACCACGCUAACGUCCUGAAGUUUUUCGAGUUCAUCAAUGACUCAAACCAGCUCCUGAUGAUCUUCGAGUAUAUUCCAGACAACGUAAAGCGUGUCAUGAAACGAAGGGACCAACCAUUCAGCGAGGCCGAGACCAAGGGAAUCAUGCUUCAGGUGUUCCAUGGACUCUCCUACAUACACGGUCAAGGGUUUAUCCACCGGAACUUGCGCCCGGAGCUGCUCGUCUGCAACGAGGACGCGACGGAAGUUAAGAUCUCUGACUUCUCCUUGGCUCGGUCCUCCCUCGACACCAUCAACACCAUCGCAGACUACACGGGACAGCUUCACCCGUACCUGCCUCCGGAAGUGCUGCUGCAGGUCGAGAAGUACGGCACGCCGGUUGACAUGUGGGCUGCCGGUUGUGUGAUGGCAGAGCUGCUCACCGGAAGCCCCCUCUUCCAGAGUGACGUCAUGGAGAUAAAGGAUCUCAUGUCGAAGAUCUGUGUUAUAAUAGGAACUUUCACAAAGGGCGAGUGGCAGGAAGGGUCCCAGGCACUCAGGCAGGCCAUGUUCAACCUUCCCAAAGUGGAGGUCGGAAGGGGACUCGGCGAGGCGGGAGCGAAAGUUGGGGCGGACGCAAAGGGGCUCAUCAUGGACCUCGUCGUUUGGAACCCUAGCAAGAGGAAGACGGCGGAUCAAGCGAUCAGGGAUGACUUCUUCAAGUCGGAUGGCGAGUUUGUAAACAGCACAGAAAAUCAGGAGAUCCUGAAAUUCGCGCGCGAGAAGAUGCAAACAUGGCGGGAAACUUACCAGGCCGAUCUGACCAGAAACUCGCUGGCCGAAUUCGACAGGAUCAUCGCCGACGUAACGCACAAAGCAGGCCACCAGCCUCAGCGGAACCCGUUCCAGGGCUUUGAGACGUCAAAUCCGCUGCUUGGCGACAGUACGCCGCGUGGCAAGUUUGGUUCCCCUCCUCAACAGAGGAAACUCGGUGUAAAGGGAGGCGCAGAUGAUCCGUUCGGGCAGUUUCGACCUCAGCGUCUCCAGAUGGACCUCUCACCUCGCAAGAGCGAGAAGAACCCUUUUACAGAGGAGAUUAAGAGCCGAGAAGAGCAUCGCCGCUCGCACCAGGGACCUCCGGCAAACAAAGACUCACUGUUUGCGCCAGAAGAGCCUCCCAAAAACGUGGAUCAUCGAGAUCGCGCGGACAAAAUGCGGCAACAGAACUAUCUCAAGUACAGGACCAAGUAUGGAGAUGACUUCCUCAGAAGCCAGCUUGGAGACAAACUCGCCUCGAAUGAGAAAGAAACAGUCGCUCCGUCGAACAACAGAAAGGGCUCAGUUGCGCAGGACCGGGGCCAGUCACGUGACCCCGUUCGAACCAGAUCCCCGCCCAAGCAGGCGUUUAACGGAAAGGGCGGCUCAGAUGCCGACUACGACCUCGACAUUAACUUGGACUUCGGGGAGAAAUCAGAAACGGAACUAAACAAGGCAGAGUGGCUGCGAGGACCACAGAGUCCAAAAAACAACACCAACAGUUAUCGCGGCAAUAAGCCCCAGGAGAACGGCUUGCCGGCGAUCAAAGAGAAGAGCGCGCCGCGCGUCUCCCCGAGUCGCCGCCUUCCUGAGUCCGACGUGAAGUACGCGCCUAUCGACCACGCGAGCAAGGCGGCCAGGCUCCGUGAGCAGAACCUCGUCAAGUACAGGGACAAGUACGGAGACGAUGAUAUGAAGAAAAUUAUGGGUGGCGGUGGCAAUGACGGGGCAAUUAACCCGAAAACAUAUGCAGAUGCCAAGCACGGCAACUACACUCCAAGCUGGAUGGACAACGGCUCGGGAACCCGUGCGUUCUAGCUGCUAAUACCAAGUCCCCGGGAUAGCCGUCUUUGUUACGUUUCUUUUUUUUGCUGACUAUAGCAAUAUUUUCAAAUGAUAAUUGAAAUUAUCCCACUUAAUACAUAUAUAUGAUACAUGUAGUAAAAUUAAAUAUAUUUAAACACAUCAAUUUUGCUCAGUAUUUUGAUUUAAAAAAAAAUGAACGUAGGUUAAAUAGGUAUCAGAUAUGUGAUCUAGAUUAUAUGAACUAGGAAUAAUAAAAUGAAUACCGGUAAGCGCUUUUGUUUACGAGGGAGUUUGUAAGGCUGGUCAUGAUUUUAUGCAACACAGAGCCCGUUUGGGGCUCACGCAGGAAACGACGCAGCCGGUACCAACAAUAAUGCAUCUUCCUGUACGAGUAACUUGAAUCUGCCACCUAAGACUGUUUUUAUUUCCGACGCAACACUUUCUGUUAUAAAGAAUUGCAUACUGUUAAACGAUAGCUUGACACAAUGAAUUUUGGUUCCUUUGGAUGGCGUAAUAACUGCUAUAAACUUGCCUGCUGUUCCGUAAUCUGUAGGGCCCACAGGAGAGUUUAUGUGAUAAUACAACUAUGAAUACCGAUAAAUAUAUUCACUCAAUGAUCAGGUACACGGAAUUUAAAAGCAUACCAGUUGACUACACUGGUUAAUUACCAAGCACGUAAAUCAAUACAAUACGUGAAGUCUAGCAUUCAAGCAUUUGAACCCAUUAAUGAUUACGCUUUCGAUUUAUUUAC